AUGCAUGGCACGAACAAUCCUUCUAUGCAACAGUGGGAGGAUUGUUCAGGACAGGAAGACCAGCUGCGCCAAGAGCGCAACGAAGCCCAGGAAGCCCACAGGAAAGUUGAGAAGGAGAAUUCUCAACUCUCCUCUUCUCUACAGAAGGCUCGCAAAACUGAAAGUUGGUUUUGUGAGCAGAUAAAGACACUCCAGUCCACCCUUCGAGAGGUCCGAGAGGAGAAGGCUGAGUUUGACGACGUGACUCAGCAUAUUAGCCAAGAAGCAGUUGAUCUGGAGAAUGUCCUCUGCCACCACAAGAUUCAUCUGCCCACCUCUCAGGCACAUCCACAGCCUGUGUUGUGGUCCCAAACACCUGCAAACCAAGUGCCUCUAUUCAUGCCACUUGGAUACAAAGGGGAGUACUCCGCUAUCUGGAAUCCUCCCCAUUGGAACAAUCGCAAGGGUCGCGACUGGAUGAGGUGGGGCUAUUAUGCCAACCACCACAUCAAGUACCUCGAUGAGCAGCGAAAGCUGCGCGAGCAUGGUGGGGUCCCUGCAGAGAUAUCCAUUCCACCAUGGAACGACCAAUUUGUGCUACCAUUCGUUCUGCCCGUCUGGCCGCACGUAGAUCGCCCAGAUCCUGAUGCGCACCCUGUUCUCAUGGCACCAGCUCCCGCUGCUGCCUCGGUCACUGCUGAUGUGCCACCAGCUCCAGCUCACGCACGUAGAACCUUGUUCCAGCAUGCCCCCGCCUUCGCUCACUCUGAGCCCAACCCACCCAGGCUCCUGCGGCCCCUUAAUCUGGGUUUCAGGGCAGGCAUUGAUUCUUGGAGGGGAAGGAGCAGAGGAACAUUGAAUGCACCUAGCACACUAUGGCCCAUACCCACACCACGCUCAGACCAUGAGCCAGAGCUCGACUUCCUCUGCAAUGACCUCACGAGCACAGAGGAAAUCACAUCCUUCAAUCAACUUCACUUUCUGCAUGACACGGCCAAAGGAGCUUGGCUGCACAUGUGCAAUAGAGGCCACGCGCUCAAGCAACAUACUCUCAGUAUCAAUUGGCAUAAGCUGACAUGGUACAAAGAGGCAAAGGGCGAAAAGUAUGAGGCCCUGCUAAGGCGGAAGUGUGAGCAAAACCAAGCUCAGGCUGCAGCUGCUGAAGGGUUGAGCGAGGAUACUCUGACGGGUACCACCAACGCUAUUGUUGAUGAGGACACGAAAAUGAAUGAUUCUGAGAAUAUUCAGAACCAUCUCCAGGAGCCCAACCCGAGCGACCAUGUCCCAGAAGAAGACGUGCCUAUAACUGGAGAAAACACGCCCCAAGAGUCGAUGUACCUCUCAACUGCUAGCUCAUAUGUUUCCUUCAUGGAGCCUCCCAUAUUCACUGUUCUCAAAGUCAAACAGUGA